ACCUGUAGUCCUAGCUAAUUUUGAGGCGAAGGCGGGAAGAUCACUUGAGCCCAGGUGUUUGAGGCUGCAGUGAGCUGUGAUUGGGCCACUGCUCUCCUGCUUGGGCAACAGAUGGAGACCCCUGUCUCUUUAAAUGAAUUUCCAUCUAGGAAGAUUAAGGACGUCCUUCUGAGUACUUUAAAAAAAGUACUAUUUGUGCUGAGGGAAGAGGUAGAAAAUUAGGGAAGCAAUAAGAUAACCUCUGUUUUGGAGAGAUUUCCAAAGUCCUGCUAUCCUCAGAAAUUCUCAUGUUCCUCCCCAAGGACAGAAAAAUCUUCCUUCCUGUCUAAUCUCCAUCUCUCCUCUUGCAAUGCUAGCCACUCCCUCUGCCCUCAUGGAGCCCAGCCUUUCCUCUGGCCGCAGACAAAAUCUCUUUAGAGUCCUGCAGUUUGAAGUAUUGAGAGAGAUUCCAUUUCAACCUUUCCACCAUCCGUUGUCUGCCCCUCACCCUAUUCUCUUCUCUUGGAGAUGUCAAUUCCUGUUCUGAGCCCGCCCCCCAUCCAGGCCCUUUUCCGGUGGUAUGUGCCAGCCGGUCCUGCAUCCCACAUCCCCAGCUGUUGACAUUUCAUUGCCAUUGCCCACAGAAUAAAGAAAGGGGCCCUGUUAUUCAACAAUAGGGGAAAAGAGAGAGACAAUGGGAAAUUGUGCUUCCGAUGGGGUGGGGACUGAGAAGGGAAGGAUAGACAGACAGACAGGGGGCUGUAAAGAAGAGGUCAGGUUUCCUGAAGCAGCUGGAAGUCCUGGAUGGUUCCCACCUGAGAGUCCAUUCGCAAAGGCAAUGUGCACUCAGGCACCAGAGGGCAGAGGACAGAAGCUUUUCCUCAAAGGUGCAAAAGGAGAAACUGUGUUGAUCAGGUACUCAAGUCCCAGAAUUUUAAGGUGCUUGGAACUCUCAGGAGCCUGGCAACAGCUUCUUCCGGAACCUCUUCCUCAAGCAAGGCAAAAAGCUGCUAAGCACUGCUCCUUCCAUCUCUGGGAAGAGACCAGACAGUUCCUGGCUAACUCUCCAUCAUGCCAGGCUGGCUCACCCUCCCCGCGCUCUGCUGUUUCCUGCUCCUUUGGGCCUUCACCGUCUUCCAUAAAGCCCAAGGAGACCCAGCAUCCCACCCCGGCCCCCACUACCUCCUGCCCCCCAUCCACGAGGUCAUUCACUCUCAUCGUGGGGCCACGGCCACGCUGCCCUGCGUCCUGGGCACCUCGCCUCCCAGCUACAAGGUGCGCUGGAGCAAGGUGGAGCCCGGGGAGCUCCGGGAAACGCUGAUCCUCGUCACCAACGGACUGCAAGCCCGGGGGUACGGGCCCCUGGGAGGGCGCGCCAGGAUGCGGAGGGGGCAUCGGCUAGACGCCUCCCUGGUCAUCGCGGGCGUGCGCCUGGAAGACGAGGGCCGGUACCGCUGCGAGCUCAUCAACGGCAUUGAGGACGAGAGCGUGGCGCUGACCCUGAGCCUGGAGGGUGUGGUGUUUCCGUACCAACCCAGCCGGGGCCGGUACCAGUUCAAUUACUACGAGGCGAAGCAGGCGUGCGAGGAGCAGGACGGACGCCUGGCCACCUACUCCCAGCUCUACCAGGCGUGGACCGAGGGUCUGGACUGGUGCAAUGCGGGCUGGCUGCUCGAGGGCUCCGUGCGCUACCCUGUGCUCACCGCGCGCGCCCCGUGCGGCGGCCGAGGCAGGCCCGGGAUCCGCAGCUACGGGCCCCGCGACCUGAUGCGCGACCGCUACGACGCCUUCUGCUUCACCUCGGUGUUGGCGGGCCAAGUGUUCUUCGUGCCCGGGCGGCUGACGCUGUCUGAAGCCCACGCGGCGUGCCGGCGACGCGGCGCCGUGGUGGCCAAGGUCGGGCACCUCUACGCAGCCUGGAAGUUCUCGGGGCUAGACCAGUGCGACGGCGGCUGGCUGGCUGACGGCAGCGUGCGCUUCCCCAUCACCACGCCGCGGCCGCGUUGCGGGGGGCUUCCCGAUCCCGGAGUGCGCAGCUUCGGCUUCCCCAGGCCCCAGCAGGCAGCCUACGGGACCUACUGCUACGCCGAGAAUUAGUGUCACCGUGUCCUCUCCAGCGCGCCCGAAAAAGCGUGGGAGUCGUAGCUGGGUUCGCUUGCCACCCCUUUCCGGAGCUCCAGACCGGGAGCGGCCUCUGCAGACCUGCCUUUCCAGCGGGUGCUGCGGGCCCCGGACUCCGGCUGGCCCGGCGACGUGGAGGGGAAGUGGGUGCGCCCCCGGCGGCGAGGUGCGGCGGUGACCCUCGGACCCGCUGAGGUUCGCGCGCCCCCGCAGUGGGCUCAGCAGCCAGUGGGCGGGAGGGGAGGCCGGGGGUAUUGACGGCAAUAAAAUAACCUGGAGACCUUUUGUGUUGGACGGAGCUGUAAGCGCUGCGAGGCGUGGAUGUGUGUGUGAGUGUGCGUGUGUGCGUGCCUGGGCUGAUGACGCGGGACCCUGCGUGGCCACUGAACGCCUAAGAGAGUAAGGGACGGGGCUGUUGACGUUACGAGGUGGGUCAGUGCAAGGGCAGGAGUGCGGCCGGAGGGCAUCCAUAGGCCAAGGGAGAGGGAGAGAUGGAGACGUCGUGGGCGCCUGGCCGGGACCCACGCGGGAGAACCGUGGAUGUUGUUGCGCCAGGCGCCACGCGGGGGCGCUGCACACGCACCUAAGAUUAGUUCAAAUCUGCCAGGGGCGCCCCAUGCCCCCAGGCCUACCCUGUGUGCCCAGAUAACAAAUAGACAACUAACAUAUUUCAAAAUGUGCAGCAGCCUGCAGACCUUCCUGAAGCGUUUGCGGGGACUACUAUUAAAGAUAGAAAAGUGAUACUGUUGUUAGAAUUGACAGGAAAUUAACCCUACGGAAGGAGGAGGCAAACACCAAACACCAGGGCCACCAAAGCAAAGGGGGAACUGGACAAGUAACAUUCUCCACCGUGGCUACAGGAAACAUAACAGCAAUUCAAGAGACGAGUUCUAAUGUUAUUAUUAAUUCACUUUUCACAUAUAGAUUGGUGUGUAUAUACGUUGGUUUCUAACUAUACUACAAAAAGCCUGAGCUAGAUAAUAGUAAUGAAUGGGGCAAAGGGUAUGCACACUCUAAUGGUGCUUGAUAUGUGUUGCAAAAUUGAUUUCCAAGGGGGUUCUUGCUAUAAUUGCUAAAGAGACCAGCCUGUCCAAUACAGUGAAACCCCUUCUCUGCAGAGAAUGAUAGAAUGAACACCAUCUUCAAUAACCAUCAUGCAGCAAAUGAG